AAAAAAUACUACUCUGUAAUAAAUAAAUAAACAGACAAAUCCAGCAAAUAAACUCCUCUUUCUCUCCGAUCCUCUCAUCUCUCUAGUUUCGUAUCUAUUGUUGAAUAUUUGAUUUGAUCAUCUGAUCCUCUAGGGUUUUUUUUCUUCGGGAAAUAAAGGAGAGGAGGUGGAGAUGGGGCAACAAUCAUUGAUCUAUAGCUUUGUGGCAAGAGGAACUGUGAUUCUUGCGGAGUACACGGAGUUUAAAGGCAAUUUCACUGGCAUCGCUGCACAAUGUCUUCAAAAACUUCCCGCUUCCAAUAACAAGUUUACAUAUAAUUGCGAUGGCCAUACCUUCAAUUACCUCGUUGAAGAUGGAUUCACCUACUGCGUGGUUGCAGUUGAAUCUGCUGGCAGACAAAUCCCAAUUGCCUUUUUGGAGCGAGUUAAGGAAGAUUUUAACAAAAGAUAUGGUGGAGGAAAAGCAGCAACGGCUGUUGCCAAUAGCCUGAACAGAGAGUUUGGGUCCAAGUUGAAGGAGCACAUGCAGUAUUGUGUGGAUCAUCCUGAAGAGAUCAGCAAGCUUGCAAAAGUUAAGGCUCAGGUUUCUGAAGUUAAGGGUGUUAUGAUGGAAAACAUUGAGAAGGUUCUUGAUCGUGGAGAGAAGAUUGAGCUGCUGGUGGAUAAAACUGAGAACCUUCGCUCACAGGGCAUGGUAUAUUCAAAUUUAUGUGGUGUUACAGGCACAAGAUUUCCGACAACAGGGAACUAAGAUGAGAAGAAAGAUGUGGAUUCAGAAUAUGAAGAUGAAAUUGAUUGUUUUGGGUAUUAUCAUUGCCUUGAUUCUCAUCAUAGUGUUAUCCGUGUGCCAUGGCUUCAAUUGUUAAUUUCUCCUGGAUUCCACUGGAUGCUUCUCUUGCUGCCAAGAUUACUGGAUUGUCUUUGCUAAAUUGAUUCUGACGAUUUGUCCACGAGAUCUCUCUCUACAUGGUCAUUUAUAUCUUACUCCAUUCGCCUUCUGUUAGCUUUGUUUAGGAUGCGAGAGGUUUUGUGUUUUGAAUUUGGUUGUAUAGGUUAUAUGAACUCCCGAGUAGAUAAUUUUCUUCUCCUACAUGGUAUUAAAAUUUGUUUAAUGUGUGAUGAAUAUUGAAUCCCAGCAAUUUAGAUCGUCCUUUGCAAUGUUA